CAGCCUUCAGUGGAUUUCUUUGCCUUCUUUGUCUGCGUUUCCUGUGGUGUGAUUGGCUGCCGGACUCCGCGAGGGGCCCUUAAGUCUCAGCUCUCUUUUAGCAGUAGUAUAUUAACCCAUCAGUUUGGACUGAACGCCUCGUGGUCGGAAGUGUUACAGAAGAGCGGGAUUGUAUUAGCUUUUCAGAAAUGAUUUUUACAAUCCUGCUGUCGUGUCUGACUGUCACGGUGACCGCAGUCCCGGUCAGUUCACCAGCUGCUGAUGUCCCGAACCAGAAACUGACUGUGGAAGCUCCAGCUCAGCCGUGCCCCAAUCUGGAUCCAUCCCAAAAUGCCCUUCCACAGCAGCAGCAGCAGCAGCUGCUUCCUCAGCAACAGCUUCCUCAACAGCAGCUUCCUCAAAGCGGUCCCGCACUUGUGCCUCAAAUGCAACAAUAUAAUUGGCCUCCACUAGGUGGCAGUCCCCUCUUAGUUCCUCUGCAGCCGAGCGGGGCCCCUGCGCUGCCUGUCAAUCAGCCGUCGCUCUCACAGCAGCCUCUGGUUUUCCCACCUUAUGGGUACUUCCCUGUUUUCAUGCCCCCCUAUACAAACCAAGUGUUUCCCCAAUACAGGAUUCCGUUGAUGCCUGAGGCACAGCUCCCACAGACACCGGGGAACCCACCUCCGAACCCUCAGGUCCAGCCUGCAGAACCUCCUGCCGGACCGGUUUCUGGUGCAGAGGCUCCUCAGACCACUCAGCAGCAGCAGAACCCUCAGAUCGUCUACAUGAUCCCACAGCCAAAGGGUCCAGCACUUGGUGGUCUCAGCUCAGAAGAGCUUGCGAUGGCAGCAGAACUGGGGCAGUUGAGUGCGUACCUGCCCUCGCUGCUCCACAAUCCUGGCCCUGAAGUGGCAGCACCUGUCAGCCAGACUGCAGGGUUGGCCGCUAAAGCUGACGCGCCACCCUCAGUUCACCAGCAAGCUUCCUGA